AUGGAUCCAUCACAGCAGAACCCUCUUGGACUGGUGCUGCGCCCGGGCCAUGAGCCCAAGGGGAUAGUCUGUGCGCACACCUUUAGGUCCCAAUUCGCGCUGAAGUUCCUCGAUCCCUCGUUCGUCCCUAUUACAAAUUCUCUGGGCCAAGAGCUACAGGAGAAGCCCUCCAAGUGGAUAUUCAACCGGACAGCGUUCGCACAGCAGAGACAAGAAAUCCUUCAGCAUGUCGAUGUCAUAAAAAAUUCUUUGACCAAGAAUAGUGUUCGGAUUGGACAGCUGAUGCAUUAUGAUUAUUCCAGCCAUAAGUAUGUUUUUUCCAUAAGCAAUAACUUCAGAUCACUGCUUCCAGAUGUGUCACCAAUCUUGAAUAAACAUUACAACGUUUGUGCCGUGGUUGGAAACAGUGGAAUCCUGACUGGUAGUCAAUGUGGGCAAGAAAUAGAUAAGUCUGAUUUUGUUUUUCGCUGCAAUUUUGCUCCAACUGAGGCAUUCCAAAAAGAUGUUGGAAGGAAAACCAAUCUCACAACCUUCAACCCCAGCAUCCUGGAGAAGUAUUACAACAAUCUCUUGACCAUUCAGGAUCGCAACAACUUCUUUCUGAGCUUAAAAAAGCUUGAUGGUGCGAUUCUUUGGAUCCCUGCUUUUUUCUUCCACACGUCAGCAACGGUCACUAGAACACUGGUUGACUUCUUUGUUGAGCAUCGAGGCCAACUAAAGGUCCAGUUGGCUUGGCCGGGAAAUAUAAUGCAGCAUGUUAACAGAUACUGGAAAAACAAACACUUGUCACCCAAGCGGCUGAGUACAGGUAUUCUCAUGUAUACCCUUGCUUCUGCCAUAUGUGAAGAGAUUCACUUGUAUGGAUUCUGGCCCUUCGGGUUUGAUCCCAACACAAGGGAGGACCUCCCGUACCACUACUAUGACAAGAAAGGAACCAAGUUCACCACCAAGUGGCAGGAGUCCCACCAGCUGCCUGCAGAGUUCCAGCUGCUCUACAGGAUGCAUGGUGAAGGACUGGCCAAACUGACCUUGUCGCAUUGUGCCUAAGAACCUAAAUCUUGAAGUGCCAAAUGAUUGUCUAAAAAAGUGCCCAACUCUGAGUUAAAUGCUCUUCAGAUACAAUUACUAAAAAA